AUGGCGGCAGCGUCGUAUGACCAGCUGCUGAGGCAGGUGGAGGUGUUAAAGAUGGAGAACUCCAACCUGAGACAGGAGCUGCAGGACAACUCCAACCAUCUGACCAAACUGGAGACUGAGGCCUCCAACAUGAAGGAAGUGCUGAAACAGCUGCAGGGCACCAUAGAAGAAGAGUCUGGAGAGGCGUCUGGAUCUCAGCUGGAGCUCAUCGAAAGACUGAAAGAGAUGAGCCUGGACUCUGCAGGUUUUAAGCCCAGGUCAAGGCCUCCUCUGCCCCCCUCGUCCUCCUCCAGCUCUGCCUCUUCUGGUUCUGGAGCUCCUGGAGGAGCAGCUGGAGGCUCUGGAGCUCCAGGCCCCCAAACGACCACAGCCUUCCCUAGGAGAGGGCUGCCGUCUGCUGGCAGAGACAGCCACGACCGCUGCCUGGAGGAGCUGGAAAAGGAGAGGUCUCUCCUAUUGGCUGAGCUGGAGAAGGAGGAGAAGGAGAAGGACUGGUACUACGCUCAGCUCCAGAAUCUCACCAAGAGGAUCGACAGUCUGCCUCUCACUGAAAACUUUACACUACAGACGGACAUGAGUCGUCGUCAGCUGGAGUUUGAGGCUCGUCAGAUCCGAUCAGCGAUGGAGGAGCAGCUGGGCUCCUGUCAGGAAAUGGAGAGGAGAGCUCAGGCUCGUGUGUCUCGAAUUCAGCAGAUAGAGAAAGACAUCCUGAGACUGGGAGCUCGACUGCAGGUGGAGGGAGCUCAGGGGGCGAGCGACAGCAGCGGAUUGGCUGGACCUCAGAGCUCCACUAGCCGAAUAGACCAUGAGCCGUCCAAUGAAACAAGCUACUCUGUGCCUCGACGAAUCACCAGUCACCUGGGAACCAAGGUAGAGAUGGUGUACAGUCUUCUGUCCAUGUUGGGGACUCAUGAUAAAGAUGACAUGUCACGUACACUUCUUGCCAUGUCAAGCUCGCAGGACUCGUGCAUCGCCAUGCGUCAAUCCGGCUGUCUGCCGCUGCUCAUCCAGCUGUUGCACGGCAACGACAAGGACUCCCUUUUGUUAGGCAAUUCCCGUGGUAGUAAGGAGGCUCGUGCGCGGGCGUCGGCAGCGCUGCACAACAUCGUCCAUAGUCAGCCGGACGAUAAACGAGGAAGGCGCGAGAUCAGAGUUCUCCACCUGUUGGAGCAGGUGCGUCAUUACUGCGAGGCAUGCUGGACCUGGCAGGAAAACCACGAAAGGGGCGUUGACCAGGAGGACAAUCCCAUGCCAUCUCCGGUGGAGCAUCAGAUCUGUCCAGCCGUGUGCGUCCUUAUGAAACUUUCCUUCGAUGAAGAACAUCGACACGCCAUGAAUGAACUCGGCGGUCUGCAGGCAGUGGCAGAGCUGCUGCAGGUGGACUGUGAAAUGUUCGGUCUGAGCAGCGAUCAUUACAGCGUCACUCUGCGGCGGUACGCCGGCAUGGCGCUCACCAACCUCACCUUCGGAGAUGUGGCCAAUAAGGCCACGCUGUGCUCUAUGAAGGGCUGCAUGAGAGCGAUGGUCGCCCAGCUGAAGUCUGAGAGUGAAGACCUGCAGCAGGUGAUAGCGAGUGUUUUGAGAAACUUGUCGUGGCGUGCUGAUGUCAACAGUAAGAAGACGCUGCGUGAGGUCGGCAGUGUGCGAGCGCUGAUGGGCUGCGCCCUUGAAGUCCAGAAGGAGUCGACUCUGAAGUCCGUACUCAGUGCACUCUGGAACCUGUCUGCUCACUGUACGGAGAACAAGGCAGAUAUCUGUGCGGUGGACGGAGCUCUGGCGUUUCUGGUUGGAACUCUCACUCAUUGCAGCCACACCAACACGCUUGCUAUCAUUGAGAGUGGCGGCGGAAUCCUGCGCAAUGUGUCCAGCCUCAUCGCCACCAACGAGGCGCACAGGCAGAUCCUGCGUGAGCACGGUUGCCUGCCGACUCUGCUGCAGCAUCUAAAGUCUCACAGUCUCACCAUUGUGUCCAACGCCUGUGGGACGCUCUGGAACCUGUCAGCUCGAGACGCCAAAGACCAGGAGGCAUUAUGGGAGCUAGGUGCUGUGGGCAUGCUGCGUAACCUCAUUCAUUCCCGCCACAAGAUGAUUGCCAUGGGCAGCGCCGCCGCCCUGCGCAACCUGAUGGCCAACCGCCCGGCGCGCUACAAGGACGCCAGUGUGGUGUCACCUGGCGCCGGCGCCCCGUCGCUGCACGCCCGCAAACAGAAGGCAUUAUUUGAGGAGCUGGAUGCACAGCAGCUGUCAGAGACUUUUGACAACAUUGACAACCUGAGCCCCAAGGCGGCACACAGGAAGGGGAGGGGCUGUAACGGUACCGGAGGAGGAGGGAGCACGACGCGCUCAUACGCCAACACGCCAGUGCUGUCAAGCCCAAAGAACGGAGAUGGAUCAAAGAGGACGGGGGAGGAGGCAGCGUACCCUCGCCCAGUGUUCCCGCCCAGCGUCCGAGCGUCCAGCGACAGCCUCAACAGUGUGACGAGCGCUGACGGCUACGGCAACCGUGGCAAGACCAAACCGUCAUCAGAGCCGUUCUACUCAUCGGAUGAGAGCGGAGCCAACAAGUGCUGCGUCUACAGGAAGUACCCAGCCGACCUGGCUCACAAGAUUCGCAGUGCCAACCACAUGGCGGACGACGACGGAGCAGAGCUGGACACACCCAUCAACUACAGCCUAAAGUACUCUGACGAACAGCUGAAUUCUGGGAGACAGAGUCCAAGUCACCGUGGUGGCAUCGAGAGUGAUGACGACGAUGGACAGGACGCUAGGCUGAGGAGGAGGAACGAUGGCAGUGAAUCAGCCGCCAGCAGCAGCCGCAUGGCAUCUGUCCCGCCGCCACGCUACGUCGUCGUCACGGCAACAUCAAACUACAGCGGUGACUCAACAGGCGAGCAGCCAAUCGACUACAGCCUGAAGUACGGUGCUGACGCUGCCCGCAAACCACUGUUCAAGUCAGAAGAGACUGCUGCCCCCUCCCUUACCCCUCCUCCAUCCACCUCCGCUAGUAAUCUCCGCCCCCCUCCUCCUCCAGCCAAUAGGGCGGUGCCAAAAAGCAACCAGGAGUCAACGCAGACAUACUGUGUGGAAGACACACCCAUCUGUUUCUCCAGAGGCAGCUCGCUGUCAUCACUGUCAUCAGAGGAGGAGGAAGAGGAGGACGGUGAUGUCAUUGGGAGAAAGAGGAGGGGCGGGAGUGUCGUCAGUGGCGGCGGCAGCAGCAACGACUACCCGACACUUCCUGUCAGUGAGAAAGAUGCGCAUGAGCAGCAGCAGCAGCGGCAGCAGAAGGAGGCGGAGAGCCAGACCGCUGCCACUCCUUCCACACGGGGGCGACGAGGUCACCAUCACCACCAUGGCCACGCCCACCACCACCAUCACCACCACCAUGUAACAUCUUCAUCUGGCGCCAGGACUCCUAAAAGCCCACCGGAGCAGCCGUACGCUCAGGAGACGCCGCUGAUGUUCAGCCGCUGCACGUCCGUAAGCUCCCUGGACAGCUUCUCCACCUCCUCCAUCGCCAGCUCUGUGCGCUCCAGCGAGCCUUGCAGCGGCGUGCCAAGCGGUGUGGUCAGCCCUAGCGACCUGCCCGACAGCCCGGGGCAAACCAUGCCACCGAGCCGUGCCAAGACGCCACCACUGCAACCGCCGACGCAGAAGACCGAGGAGGAAACGGCCAAGAAGAAGGAUGAGGAGGAGAGCAGCGCUGACGUCCUCCUGCACUUCGCCACCGAGAGCACGCCGCACGGCUUCUCCCGGGCCUCCAGCCUGAGUGCACUAAGUCUGGACGAGCCGUACAUCGCAGCAGAGAUGAAGAAGAAGACAGAGGAGGAAGAGGGAGGGAAUGAGGAAAGGAAGGAGGAUGAGGCGGCCAAACCGAUCCUCGACGAGUCAGACGACGACGACGACAUCGAGAUCCUGGAGGCUUGCAUCAACAUGGCCAUGCCCAAGUCGUCACGGAAACCAAAGAAACAGCAGCAAGCAGCACCACGUAAACCCAGCCAGCUUCCUGUCUACAAGCUCCUCCCACCUCAAAGCCGCACCCAGUCACAACAGAGGAAGGACAUGCCGCCGCCGCCGCCAGAGGAAGUGCCAAGAGUUUACUGUGUGGAGGGAACGCCACUCAACUUCUCCACUGCCACCUCGCUCAGUGACCUCACCAUCGACUCUCCGCCCAAUGAGGAGACAUCAGCAGCUGUCAUACCUGUAGCGCCGCCGACCUCUACCCAAAGGAGGCGAGCAGGACUUCCUGAGGGCGAGAACGGUGACGACAUCCUUGCCGAGUGCAUCAGCGCCGCAAUGCCCAAAGCCAAACCCAGAAAACCAAUCAGAGUGGCAGCGAACAGUGAGCACCUCCCAGCCCCGCCCCUUGCCCCUCCUCUUCCUCCUCCGGCCCCACCUCCUCUUGGCUCUCAGCAGCAGCAGAAGAAAAAGCCGACGUCGCCAGUGAAGCCAAUGCCCCAGCGGGCAGCGUAUGGCGUCGUCACAGCAACAGCUACCAAAGCAAAACCAGGGUUUGCCUUCGACUCGCCGCGACACUACACCCCCAUCGAGGGAACGCCAUGCUGCUUCUCACGCAAUGACUCGCUGAGCUCACUCGACUUUGACGAAGACGAUGGCGGCGGCGAGAAGGAUGAAGAGGAAAAGAAAACAAAAGAAGAAGAAGGCAGGAAGAGGAAGCAGCAGACGGCGGCCGUUUUCCCUCGGACGAAACCCACGACAAAUCAGACGGCAACGGACGAGAAGCAGAAGUUUGCCAUCGAGGACACGCCCGUCUGCUUCUCCAGAAACUCGUCACUGAGCUCGCUGAGUGACAUCGACCAGGAGAACAACAACAAGGAGUUCGCCCCGCCGCCUGAGCAGCAAGAUGGAGGCAAAGCAGGAACAAAGUCUCCUCCUCCUGCGCAGGUGGAUUCAAAGCCCCGUCCCCCUGCAGCCAGCGGCUAUGCCCCCAAAGCCUUCCACGUGGAGGACACACCCGUUUGCUUCUCCAGGAACUCGUCGCUCAGUUCGCUCAGCAUCGACUCUGAGGACGACCUGCUGCAGGAGUGUAUUAGCUCCGCCAUGCCCAAGAAGAAAAAGAAAGCUUCUGCAGCUGCCGCCCCUGCCGCCGCUGCCACGCCGCUUCCUGUUCCCAAAGCCGAUGACAGCAUUCUGGCCGAGGAGGAUCCUUCAGAUGCACCAAGAAGCCCUGCCUCCCCUGACUCAGAAUCAUUUGAUUGGAAGGCAAUCCAAGAAGGUGCCAACUCGAUUGUCAGCAGCCUUAACGCCGCCGCCGCUGCCUCGUCCUUGUCCCGCCAACCGUCAUCAGAUUCAGACUCCGUCCUCUCUCUAAAGUCUGUUGGCUCACCAUUCCGCCUGCCGACAGCCAAUAACAAUGCAGAAGAAGAAGAGGCGGAGGAGAAGGAGGAGGUGAAGCGGGGAGCGAGGAUCCUGAAGCCGGGAGAGCGCAGUACACUGGAGGCCAAGAAGAAAAAGGAGGAGGAAGAGGAAGAGGAGGAGGAAGUGAAGGCGGUGAGAGGCGGUAAGAAGGUGUAUAGGAGUCUGAUCACAGGUAAGCCGAGGGCAGAGCCAGCAGCCAGGGGGCGGAGCAAACCCAGAGCAGCAGCUGUGGCCAAAGCUCCAGGCAGCAGCGACGACAGAGGAGGCGGGUCAUCUCGGGACUCCACGCCAUCUCGCUCCUCCACAGCAGCCAGUCAGAAAGGAGGGAAGCUUUCACAGCUGCCGCGCACCGCGUCUCCAGGAAGUGCAUCAUCAUCAUCAGCCUCCAGACCAGCCAAACAGAGCAUGGCGGCGAGGACCAGUGGUGGCAUCCCGAGGAGUGAGUCAGCAUCGAGGGUUGGCGGCUCCACAGCAGCAAAGAAGCAGAAGGCGGAGCCUGAGAAGCCGACGCUCGUCCGACAGUCAACUUUCAUCAAAGAAGCUCCCAGUCCAACGCUGAAGAGGAAGCUGGAGGAGUCCGCCGCAGCAGCUGCAGCAGCGGCGGCGUUAGAGUCACCGUCCAGUCCUGAUACAUCACUGCCACCAACAUCCAGGAGACAUGACAUCAACCGCUCACACUCUGAGAGCCCCUCACGCCCACAGGAAGUGACAUCAACGCGGUUCAGCCGCACUGGCACCUGGAAGCGGGAAAACAGUGGAGGCGGAGGCGGAGGGAGCGGUGGGAAACACUCAACAUCGUUACCACGCGUGGGGACGUGGAAACGGACAGGAAGCUCAUCGUCGGUGCUGUCAGCAUCGUCGGAGUCCAGCGAGAAGGGCCGGAGUGAGGAGGAGGGUGCUGCGAGGUCGAAGGGGACAUGGAGAAAGGCGAAGAGCGGCGGUGGCUCAUCAGCUGGCCGCAGCUUCACCGACAAAUCAGAGGACGUGUGGGUUCGUCUCGAGGACUGUCCCGUCAACAACCCACGCUCAUCCUCUUCCUGUUCAGCCCGCUCUCCCACUGCCGCCAAUGCCCCACCCAUCAUCGACAGCCCCGCCCCCUCCAAGAUCCCCUCCUCCUCUUCUUCCUCCUCUUCCAACCUCAACCUGCGUCGCAGCUGCGAAAGCCUAGACGAAAAGCCGCCGCCGCCGCCACCCGAACGCCAACAACCCCAACAACCGCAGCAGCGUGGUCAGCAGCGAAGUGGCGCCGUGGCAGCGCGAGUCAGCCCUUUCAACUACACGCCGAGCCCAAGGAAGAGCAAUGCUGAUGUCACCACCACUGCCACGCCAACCAACACGACAUCAUCAUCGACCCCCACACGACCUUCACUCAUCCCCACCCCCGUCACCAAAAAACGGGAGCCAAAGGGCGGAGAAGGUGGCAGCAGCAGCAGCGGCGGUGGUGGCGGCAGCGGCGGCGAGCGUGGCUCGUACAUCGUGACGUCAGUGUGAAAAAUCUGGACACAAAAUGGCUGCCACAGUUGGGACAGUUGACAAAAUGGAGAAAAUGUAAAUAUGAAGAGAGAAAAGUGUUGUUUGUGAACUCAACUGUACAGGAAGUGAGUCUGUAUUUAAGUGCCCCACCCCCUCAGUUCCCUCUUCUCCCUUCAUUGGCUCCUCUAACCUGUCAGUCAAGCUUCUUUAUUCAAUGAGAGAAAACUUUAAAAAAGAACUUUUUAUGUUUUUAUACCACUAAAAUGAUGUGUAGCGCUUAGCUCCGACCCUCUGCCUGUGUCCCUGCAUGGCCCCACCCCCACCCUUAACAAUGACAGUUACCAUGGUGACGUAACGAUGAUGAUGAUGAUGAUGAUGCGAUAAAGAUGAUGUUUCUGCUAGCUGUAGCGUCUGAGCUGAUUCUGCUCUUUUGGAAGUUUUCAUGUUCUUCUGAAUGGAGUUUGGUUCUGCAAAAAACAAUAUUUUUCUCUCAUUAGCAAUUAAAGUAUUUUUACACAUGUGGAAACAGUUUGGAGUCUGAAACUGAAGAGCUGAACAGGUCUAAUGCAACUUUUGAUUCAGUUUGAUCUGACAAAAACGAACCUCAAUUGGUUUUAAACUUUUUUUGGCAAAUUCUUUUAAAAAAUCUAAGAAUUUUCACAUAGGAAAAGAAUCCAACAUAAUCCAAAAUGUCCACAUUUUUUUCGGGAUCCUUCUCACCUGAAACCAACUGUUGUUCUUUUUUAAUUUUACUAACUGAAUCUGGUUUCCAAACCUCCAGAAUUGAGGUAGUUUAAUAAACAGAUCUGUUGUUUUUCUGGACAGAAGAGAGAGUUUUUGAAACCCGGUAAAUGUUUGGAGUUACAGUUGAGAGAUGCAUUUGAAACAUUAAGAUUAAAAUGUUUUUGGAUGUAGAAAUUUUUUUUUUUCAGAACCUCACUCUUAACUCACUCAAACUGCUUUUAUUCCAGGGAGGGAAGUUUGCUGCCGACUGAACUGUAAAAAUUUAAACCUGAAACACUUUGAAAAGCUCAUAAGCUCGUUUGAGGAAAAGUUUGAGUUGAUUCUUGAAUUUCCUACUGAUUUUUGAGGAUUUUUUUUUCCUUGAGAAAUCGUCUGUUGGCUGAAAACUUCCUGCUCUGUGUCGCCUUGGAAACAAAAUAACACUGUAAAACGUAAGUUAUUGCUGUAAAACCUUAAAACCUUUUAACUUUGAAGCACAUAAUGUAAAACAAAAUUACUUUUGCCAAAAAGUUUCCACAGUUUUAUUCAUGGCUGUAAGUUGAUUUUCACUGUUUUUAUGUUGUUGCUGGAGGAAGAAAAGGCAAGAACUUCUUGGUGAAAUGUUAAAUCGUUAACAAACAAUAAAAUUCAACAUUUUAGGU